CUCCCACUUUACUCUCUUUUCCCAGAAUGGCAGCGAACAAAGAGGACUCCGACCCUGACGACGUUCUCGCCAACGAAGAAGAGCUCGAGAAGGCUCUGUGUGUGCUGGCUGGAAGCGACCCAGAGAACUGCUCCUACUCCCGGGGCUAUGUGAAGAGACAGGCUGUGUUUUCCUGCAACACCUGCACUCCCAGUGCUGCAGAGCCGGCUGGGAUUUGUCUGGCCUGUGCCAAUAAAUGCCACGAUGGACACGAUAUCUUUGAACUGUAUACCAAAAGAAAUUUCCGCUGUGAUUGUGGAAAUAGCAAGUUUCAGGAUUUCCAGUGCCAGUUGAUAAGUGCCAAAGAUGAGGAAAACGUCAGAAAUCACUACAAUCACAACUUCAGUGGCUGCUACUGUACAUGUGACCGGCCGUACCCAGACACAGACAAUCAGGACAAUGAUGAGAUGAUUCAGUGUGUCAUCUGCGAGGACUGGUUUCAUAGCAGGCACCUGGGCUGCACUAUAGUGGAACCUGAGGAGCUGCAAGAGAUGGUAUGUGAGGCUUGCAUGAACAAGGCUCCUUUCUUGUGGACGUAUGCCGCUCACUUUGCAGUGCCACCGGUGAUCAGUGUGAGUCAUCCUGAGGAGGAGGUAGAGGUCGAUGUCGAGGAAGGAGGAGAAAAGGAAGAAGCCUCUGAGCCCCGUCACAGUGGGGAUGAGGAACCGUCCACCAGUGCUGAGCACACAAAGCAGGAGCACGUGACAAACCGAAGUUCCCCUUGCAAACGGACUCACGAGCAAAUGACAGGCAGCCCUGGAAAGGCCACAACCAAAACUGUGGCAUGCAGGCUGAAGGAGCUGCAGGCCCAGGGGCUGGAGAGGCUGCAACGGGGAGCAGUAUUCUGGCCUUACAGUUGGCGUGCCGAGCUUUGCACCUGCACAAGCUGCAAGAGGGCCUAUGUGGCUGCCGAGGUGCAGUUUCUCAUGGAUCAGUCUGACACCAUUUUGGCCUAUGAGAACAAAGGCUUGGAUGAGCCGUUUGGGCAGCACCCGCUGAUGGCACUGACAAGCUCAAUGGACCGCGUGCAGCAGCUGGAGGUCAUUUACGGUUUCAAUGAGCUGACAACAUCGAUCAGUGGAUUUCUAGACCAGUGUGUUGCUGAAGGAAAGACGGUCACUGUCGAAGCCGUACAUCAGUUCUUUGAGGAGCUGCAGGCUAGAAAAAGACGCAGAACCAAUGCAGGAUACCAAUAACAAGGAGGCCAUGCUGCUAACAUCAUAUGCCAGGUUCAUAUGGUGCUUUGAAUGAAUGAAUGUGUCAUUUGGAAGAUGACCCUUUUUCCUCUGUUGAAUAAAGGGCUUUUUGCUGCAACCAAUGUGAUCCUUAAGCUUGAACAUUAAGUGCAAAGGGUACUGCUUUCCAGUUAUUGUUGUAAAAUGCUCCAUACUAGGGUACGGUUUGAGAGUUCUGGCAUUAAUUUUCAUGUCCAGUUGUUUUUAUUGAACAAUAGUGAUGCCUUAACUUUGUAGCUCAUGGUCAAAGUUUGUUAUUGAAAAAUGUGUUGAUGUUGAAUGCACAUUGAUACAGCUUCAUGAAAAAAAGAAAUUUUCUUUCAGCACUAAAAAAAAGCUUUAAAAAAAAAAAAAAA